AUGCCUCCAGUCAAAGCUGAGCCUGGCUCAGUCAGCAUUAAGGCUGAAAAUGGAAGAGCCAACAUACAGCGACCGCGUCCAGCCAACGGCAGCACCAACAACGCUCGCUCCAACCUCAAGGCCGAGGAAGACAGAAAGGAUCUGCCACCGCCACCACCAACCACAUACCGCGACAUUCCGCUGCUUUCAACAAACUGCGGAGAGUGGCUCACUCAUCUCAUGAAGUUUGCCCAUCACACGCGAGUCGACCCCAAUGACACGGCACAGUUUAUCCCCCCGCUUAAGCUGAACCGCAAGAAUCCACCCAGGCUCAAGCUGCCUCGGCCCAAUCCAGGCGAUCCCAUCACGGACAAGUACAACAGACCCAUGAUGGGCAAGGAUGGGCAGCCUCUCACGUGGCCAGGUCCCGAUGACGACUUGCAACGUAUCGAAGAAGUCAUUAAGAAGGAGAUCGCGCCUAAAGGGCCGGGUGCCGACCAGAGUCUCAUCGCACCUGGCGGCAGCGCUCGUCCACCGAAGAGCAAGCUCUUCCAGAAGAAAGUGCGCGAAAUCCACAAAGCGGCGGAUAGCGCUAGAAAGACUAUGAAGGAGGAACACUUUCCAUGGGUGCUUGAGGAUUUCGAGACAUCAGAAGAAUGGGAGAGCAUUCGCACACCAAUCCCUACCGGUGCUCGAGCGUUGCAGGAUCACAUCGACGAGCUCAAGGGCAGACAGGCCAGCUUCAGCAACAAGGACGCAAACGGCGACAUCAAGAUGCAGGAUGUCAAAAGCACAGUCAAGCCCGAACAUGGCGUCAAGCAAGAAUCGUCUUCCUCCGCCACUUCGCACGCACCGUGGAUCGGAAAGCUCGAGGGCGACUCAAGCUCGGAAGCAUCGUCGCUUCACGUCCUCUUCGUCUUUGAUGAGCGUGACGCAGGUGGCUUUAAGGUGGUUCCUGUCUCGCGCAUGUACAAGUUCCUGCAAAAGCCCAAACACUCGACCAUGUCCAACGAGCAGGUCGAGCAGGAAUACCAAAAGUACCAGAAGACCAAAGAGAUGGAUCGCUGGGCCAUGCGCAACAAGCCCAUCGCCUCUGGCUCUUCUAUCACCAAGCAGGAAGACAGUGCAGCAUGGCGAAGCUGGCCUCAGGUCAACCGACUCUCGCUGCCCACGGGCAUGUCGUUUGGUGCAGGCCGUCGACGCAACCUCAUGGCUGUGCAUGGCGGAGAGCUCUUGCGCGAUGACGACGACGAUGACGCGAAUCGCUCGCGUGCAAGGAAAAGGGAGGACAGUCCAGGUGGUGGCUAUGGCGAGCUGGAUUACGAAGAAGAGUUUGCCGACGACGAGGAGAUCCACGAUCCUGAAGCCGAUAUCGUGGAUGACGAGGAAGCCAAGGAGCUCGAGGAGCGUCUCAAGCGAGAGAUGGCGCGUGCCAACAACAUAGGCGACGACGAAGAUGCAGCCGAAGAGGAAAGCGCGCCCGAGGACGAAGAUCAGAUGUUGACGGGAAGCGGCAAGCAGAUGAUGAAGAUCAUGCGAGCGCUGGGCAAGCGCGAGGGCAAUGAGGCAUACGAGAAGGACGACGAUGGACGCAACCCUUAUGCCACCGAUGAUUCGGAAGAAGACGAGGAAGAGUCGUACGUUGCCAAUCCCGAAAAGGCCAUCCAGCUGGCACGCGAAGAGCGCGAGAGGAAGGAGAAGGAAGAGGCCAAAACCAAAGGCAAGUCAACCCCUGGCACUGGAUCCGGAUCCAACACUCCAAACGACCGCGCCGAGGAGCGUCCGGUCACUGUCACUACCAACAAGACACAACGUCCUGGAGCUGGACAUGCAAGUCUGGCACAGCGCGCUACGAGUCCCACCCGUGGCGCUUCCAAGAUCGGCAGCAAGCAAGUCAGUCGUUCAUCGAGUCCCAGCCUGGCUCGCAGUGUCAGCCCCGGGCGUGCAGAGUCGCCACCGCUGGCCUCUGCUGAUGCAGGCGCUGCUUCCUCAUCGGGACUCAAAAGACGAGCCGACAGCCCGACAACACCCAGCUCGAGCGUGGCUGGCUCGAGUGCAGCCAUCACUCAUCCAGAAGCCAAGCGUGCCAAGACGGGCAACACUGGUUCUAGAGCCGGUUCGCCGUCAGGCUCACCGCCAGGAUCCAAGCCAGCCUCGCGAGCCGGCAGCCCUGGAGCGCCUCGUGUGCCUGCCAACGCCGUGGAGGCCGAGAUCAUUCAGCUGAUCCGCGAAGGCAAGAUUGCUAACACGAGCGAGCUGGUGCAGCAUUUCCGAAAGCGCUUGAAGUCGGAACCUCACAUCAAGGAUCAGCUGAGCGCAGCGGUACGAAAGGUGGCGGUGAUGGACAAGGCGACCAACCGACUCAAGCUCAAGGAUGGAUUCUGA